AUGGCCAUUAGUCCCUUUAUUCCCGUUCCUUCAACGGAAAUACUCGAACGACUUCCAGGCAAGAUUCCCGUCACACAAGUACCCGAAAACGUCGAUAUAGAGGCUGGAGUAAAGACCAUACUCUCGAGCUUGCUCAUUCGAGAUUCUUCACAGGAUCAGACCUGUUUCACCGAAGAUGCCUUGUGGCGAGACUUUUAUGCGCUGACUGGCACCAUUCGAACUUUCUACUUCAAGAAUGUUCCCCAGCAGUGGUCUCUCCUUUCCAAGAGUCACGACGUUUCUGCUGUGGAGAUUAUUGCUGGAUCGAGCAGCAUCAGGAAAAUUGGGUCAGAAGCAUCAUAUCUGGAGUGUGCAAUCAGGUUCACCACCUCCAAUCCAGAGACCGAAUGUUCAGGGUUUCUUUCUCUAGUACCAUCUCCCACGGGCUCAGGUUGGAAGGUAUGGGUGUUACGGACUUUCCUCGAACAGCUGCCAAGCCAUGGUAACGGUGAUGUUCUUGCUCCAAUCGCAGAGUUAGGAUCCCGAGUUUCGAACGGUGUUUCCUCUCCUACAACCAGCAGCGAGGCGACGAAUAGUUACACAGCUCCAAAGAACGGUGCUGAAGAGCGGAAUCACGCUCCUGACCACUUUUUCGCCGUGGUUAUCGGCGGUGAGCAGUCGGGUUUAAGUACUGGCGGGCGUCUGAAGGCAUUAGGCGUUCCUUAUGUGGUCCUAGAAAGCAAUAAAGAAGUGGGUGAUACGUGGCGAUCGAGAUACGAGUCUGCAAGGCUCUAUACAAUCCGUGAAUUUGCACAUCUACCGUUCGAACGUACAUUUGGUCCUUCGUAUCCAGAAUAUCUGGGUAAGGAACAUCUGGCGGAUGGACAUCGAGAUUGGGCACGAAGAUAUGGCAUCAACAUUUGGAAAUCUACCAAAGUCGAGACCGGGCAAAAUGGUACCACUCAAUAUGUUACCGCCAAGCAUGUUGUUAUUGCUUCAGGUGCAGGUUCUCAAACACCCGUUGUGCCCAUCCUAGAUAACAAGGAGUUAUUCCGAGGUCAGAGUCUACAUUCUGUCGACUAUAUUUCCGCCGACAACUGGAAAGGAAAAGUUGGCAUUGUAGUAGGCACCGCAAAUACCGGUCAUGAUGUCGCCGACGACAUGUGUGAGGCUGGGAUGCAAGUGACCAUGGUCCAAAGAAAUCGAACUUAUGUAUUGCCAGUCGAGUAUAUCGAGGAAGGAUAUCACCAGAUCUAUAAUGCCAAAAUUCCGAUCGAAAUCAGCGACAAGAUCUUAUACUCGAAUCCAGUCUCGAUCGAUCGGAUCCUAGGCGGAAUCACCUUUCAUGCAAAAGCUCGCGCAGAAUCGGAACGUUGGGCUUCUCUUGAACGUGCAGGGUUCAAAGUUGACCCGUAUGGGGAUAUUCAAGAGGCUCUAAACAUCCGUCUAGGAGGCCACUACAUUGAUGUGGGGACAUCGGCCAAAAUCUCCAACGGAUUGAUCAAAGUCAAAUCAGACGCAGCUGUGGUCGCAUUCACGGAACACGGGCUGGCAUUCUCAGAUGGGACCACCCUCGACGCCGAUGUGAUUGUGUUCGCCACCGGAUUUAUCGGCAACCUACGAAACCACGUCGAGCGGACCUUUGGCAAAGACCUUGCCGACCGCGCGGGCGACAGUUUUGGAUUAAACGAAGAAGGAGAAGUUCUGGGAGCAUUCAAGCCACUGAAGCUUGCGCAAGGCAAGCUCAGCAUUGAGGAGGUGGACAUACCGAUACCAGGUGAAAAUGAAGUCCUUGUCCGAGUCAAGGCUGUAGCUCUGAAUCAGUACGACUGGAAGAUUCUGUACGGCCGAGAUCUAACUGAACCGACAGUCCUUGGUUGUGACUUUGCAGGUGUAGCAGAGGCUAUCGGCUCUAAUGUCACCUCAGUGAAAAAGGGCGACCGUGUUGCCGGAUGGGUCCAAGGAGGAAACAUCUUGAGACCCAAGGACGGCGCUUUUGGAGAAUUGAUAGUCGCGCCGGCGCAUGUGAUGCUGCACCUUCCAGAGACCAUCUCAUACGAAAGCGGCGCGGCGCUACCGGUUCCCGUAUUCACGGCAGGAAUAUGCUUGUUCCACACCAUGGCCCUACCUGGAUACAAGACUACAAAGCAACCUGAGGACGAUGUACCGGUGGUGUUGAUAUAUGGCGGUGCCACGUCAAUAGGGCUGAUGCAGAUACAAAUGGCCAAGCUGUGGUGGUUAAAAGCUAUGGAGCUGACAUGGUCUUUGACUAUCAAGAGCCCGACUGUGCACAAACGCUAUCUCAUGCCACAAACCAACGUGUAA